AUGUCAUCGUGUGUUGUUUUGAUUUUCAACGAUUUACAAUCUUCUCCACUUUUGAUUGGAAAAUUCCGACAACAACAAGCCCAUCGACUACACACCAUACGAAUAGUUUAUUGUCAUCCCCAUCAUCAAGUUCCACAACUUUUGAAUACUGAAACAAUUGCAUUGAUGAAAGGAAUGGACAAAGAAAAACCAAUGAGUGACCGUAAAGUACUUAAUUAUCCAGAAGAACAUAAGCCAAUGAUGAAGAAAUUAGAGAAAUUAUGUGAAAAGGUUGGAAGAUUACAAGCUUUCAGAUAUCAUAGAUAUUACGAAUGUCAUAUUGGAGGUUUUGAAUAUGAAAUUAAUGCAUACGGCAUUGGUGGGGUAUUUUUCCUAGUAUUCUACUCAGAAGGAGAUUGGUAA